CAUCAUCUUCGUAUUUCAAGUUCUUCAUGGUUGACGGUUGCCUUGGCCCCCCUUCUCGCUACUCGUUUCAAGCAAUUACCUAGACGUCCUCUUCAUAAUCGGGUUGCAUCAAUUCAUGCUCCAUCUCUAGGUUACCUUCCGAGUCAGCCGGUCAUAAUAUGAAAAGGCAACCACGAAUUGAAAGAUCCUAGACUCCAGGAUACCCCUCGGUCCCCCUCCAAUCGAGUGGAAUUUCGCCACAUUCCCCUAUCGACAGGAGAAUAAUGCGCCCAUUCUUUACCUACGUGCUUCAGCUCUUAUUCGCAUCAUUCUUGAUCCCAAGACGGGAAACACAAUGCCUCGCAUUGUCCUCGACUGGGACGGCACCGUCACCAAACACGACACCCUCCAUAUCGUCGCUAAAAUUGGCUACGAGCGUAAUCGACACCUGAAUCUUACGUCGUGGGACCAAAUAGUCCAGGCAUACAUCUUGGACUACACUCAGCACGAGGAAUCCUAUCGCCCGACGAGGCCGGAACGUAAGACCAUUGCCGAGGAGAGCGCAUGGCUCGCCAGUUUGACCGACGUCGAAGUAAGAAGUGUGAAAAGGGCACGAGAUGCUGGUAUCUUCACGCGCGUCACCGACGAUGACAUUCGCAUGGGAGCAGAGCACGCAAUACGGAGCAAUAAGAUCCAGCUCCGUGAUGGAUGGGAGGACAUUUUUGCUAUGGUAGGUCAUCCUGGGAACGAUAUGGCAAAUCUAUCUCCCGUUUCCAUUAUCAGUGUAAAUUGGAGCGGCACUUUCAUAAGAGCAUGUCUAUCAGCAGCGCUUGAAGAAUUUCCACCCAGGAAAGGCACAGCAGAUUCCAUCCAGAUUUUCUCCAACCACCUCCAGCCCGACCCUUCUGGCGGCGAUUCCGAAGACCCUGGCAUUCGCACCAGUGCCGAUAAACUCGACGCUUUCCAAAGACUACGUGACAGUGGAAGUGGUCCUAUUUUCUAUGUUGGUGACUCGCCCACUGAUUUUGAUUGCCUUGUGGCCGCCGAUGUAGCAUUCUGCGUGCGCGAUGAGCCGAUGGGCAGCGGGCAGGCCGAGCUGAAUGAGAGUUUGGAGCGGGUGGGCGUUCAUGUGGCAAGGCUUGACUUGGACGCGUGGGACAAAUAUCGAAGGGAACUCGCGGCUCAAGGAGCCGAAAAGGAAAGCAAUAAGGUGGUCUGGUGGGUGAAGGACUUGGGGGAAGUUGUCAGCUUCGCCGAGAAGUAUGUCGGGAUUGAUUUAGCUGUGUAGACAAGAUCUCUACGUCCUCAGUGUUUAUCCUCUCAUUAGGGGGUUGAAAGGGCCGAUGCAGAUACGAUCAGGUAAGGGUAUUAUGAGGAUAAGCCAUAAGAAAUAGGACGGCGUUCAAGUCUGGAACCGAACCAGCAACCUAGCCAGUGCAUAAGGGGAUAUGAGGAAGCAGGAAGAAGCAGAACGGAACUGGGAGGGGACCAGAGCAGAGUGAAAACGGAGCCAGAUAGAGAAGAAGGGGGCUUCGAGUGAUGUGAU